AACAGAUUCAUAGUUAAUUGUGAUAUUGAACUUGAUUGUUAACCUUGUUUACCUGUUUAAUUGAUCUUAUAUAUUAGUAGUUGAAAUGAAAAUUGCUCUAAAUUACAGUUAUGUGUUGAUUUUAUGUCUCCUUUUUGUUUCGACUGAAGCUUUGGUGGACACUUGGAGCUUGACCAGUUCAGAUGGAUUAACUUCAUGCAAUUACUCUUACUUAUAUCGUAAAGACAGAGAUUUUGAUGGAGCCGAGGAAGUAAUUAGUGAUACCUUUGAAUGUGGUGAUGGAAGUGCUACUUGUACCAGUACAUUGCGAUUUAAUAAAACGUUUAUGACCCAAUACAAAGGUGACGAUGAUUUGGAUCCUCGAAAUUUUGAAAAUUUCAUGGGCCGUGUUGGUACAUUGGCCAAUAAGGCUGGUCUCAGUUUUACAGAUUCUCGACUUAAAGACGGAACCUUUUCUUGUACAAUUAAUCCAGGAUAUCGAGUGCAAAUCAUAACCAAACCUCGUUAUCACAGGUUAACUGGUACUCUCGAAGAGCGAUGUCUUACCUCAUGUUCGGGCUGUAUCGAAUCAAUCAGAUCAGUUCCAUUGAAAAUCGAGAUACCCGUUAAAAGUAACAGUGAUAAUCAGAUCGCCGGUAGUAUAAGUUGUAAGGUCGAACCUGCUGCCAACAUUGAAGCGAUGACCAGAAUAUGUAAUCCCAAAAAAAUGACCUCCGGUAAAAUGUUUGACGCUGUGGGUGAUGCUCUUCACAAGGUCAUGACCAAUACUCCUUUGAAUCGAGUUAAAACUCUCGAACAUACAAACAUCGAUGGUAAUGAUGUGUGGGCUAUCGGAAUGUGUUGGAAUGGGCUGAAUCGCGAUGCCUGUCGAGCUUGUGUUCGUUAUCUAGUCGAUAAUAUUUGGUCAGAGUGCGAAAACUCAAAAGGAGGUCAACUUUGGGUUACCGAUUGCGGAGUUAGAUAUGAAUUCCACCGAUUAACUGCCUCUAAUUAUGAAGACUCUUUUCUUGAACAAUCAUGAAAAUCAUUAAUAAUCAAUUUUUCCAUCAAUAAAAAAGUCAAUUACAAUUUGUCAAAAUCGAAA